AUGGCGCCAUCAGCGAAGCAGCUGACCGUUGCUGAAUGCGACAAGCUACUCUGCGAACCGGGCUCCGGCUCGUUUUUCGAGACGGAAACCAUGGCCUUUGACGGCAACGUCAUGCGAGUAUGGAAAAACGCGCCAAAGACCUUCCGCUCUUUCCUCGACGACGUGUUCCACAAGUCUGCUGCGCGCGAGUUCCUCUCAUCGCCCGCUGCAGACGGCGAGGAAAACGACCGGGAACACAUCACAUACGGCGACACCUACAAGCGUGCAGUUGUUCUCGCAGCCUGGUUGCGCGAGCAAGGUGUGGGAGUCGGAACGCGAGUCGCUAUUGGCGGACUUAACUCGAUCGAGUGGGUCGUGUCGUUCAUGGCCGUGCACCUCCUCGGUGGAGCUCCCAUCUUGGUCAACUCCACUCUCCACGGCGACAUGCAGCUCGGCUGCCUCGGCGACACUAAACCUGCCAUCGUGUUGGUGGACGGUCGCCUUGCGCGUACCUUGGGUCCUCUGGGCGCCGAACUCAUGGCGAGGGGAGUUGGGCAGGUGUAUUGCUGGUCAGGUUUCGACCGUUUGCCACAUGCAUCCAAGGCUACCGUCAAGAAACUGGAUCCCCACCCAUCGCAACGGACUGUCCAGGAGGUACAGCAGGGCCUUGGGCUGGAACGUCUGAACCCCGAAAGCGUAGGCCUCAUCUUGUUUACCUCUGGCACGACCAACAAGCCAAAGGCCGUCAUGGUCACGCAGCGUGCAGCCCUCAGCCACCAGGUGUCCACCAAGCUUUUGGCUGCUCGAGCCGCCCUUCGCCGGGGUGCCAGCCUUGAGACUGCCCUCGCUGGUGCCAAACCCAAGAGCGGGCCCCAAGAAGUCAUGCUUGUCCCCGUUCCACUCUUCCAUGUCACGGGAUGCCUGAGUUGGCUGGUCCGGGCCAUGUGCAACGGCUUCAAGAUUGUUUUCAUGCGCAAGUGGGACGUUCCGACUGCCGUCAAGGUCAUGGAGGCGGAGGGAGUAACCAUCAUUGGCGGCGUUCCCGCCAUCGUGACCGCCUUGCUCCAGUCACCGCUUCUCCCCAAGGACUACAAGAUCAACUCGAUAUCGUAUGGCGGUGCUCCACCCGCAAAGCGGCUUGCCGGGGACGUGCAUCGGCGCUGGCCAGAGGCAGGCAUAACUCACGGCUACGGCAUGACCGAGACGAACGGUCUCCUGGCGGGUGUCGUAGGCCAAGACUACAUCGACCGACCCGACUCUAUUGGCAUGGCCUUUGCCAUCGGUGAUGUCCGCAUUGUGGAUCCUGAAACACGCCGGCCACUCGGGCCGAACGAACUCGGCAUCAUCGAGUACCGAGGCAGCAACAACAUGGUAUGCUACCUCGACAACCCAAAGGCGACCAAGGAGGCCCUCGACCCUGAGGGCUGGUACCACACGGGUGACAUGGCCGUUAUCGACAACGACGGCUGGAUCUACAUCAGGGACCGCUACAAAGACAUUAUCAUCCGUGGCGGCGAAAACAUUGCCUCUGCCGAGGUCGAGAAUGCCCUCCACCUGGACGACCGUAUCGCCCACGCAGCAGCUGUCCCUGUUCCGGACGAUGUGCUCGGCGAGUUGGUGGGUGUUGCCGUUCAGCUUGCUCCUGGCGCGUCUGCGACUCCAAAGGACAUUAUCGCCCACGUGGAGCCUCGACUGCGUCGCGCCGCUGUGCCAGUCAUUGUGGUAAUCACCAAGUCUUUCCCUCGCAACGCAGCUGGCAAGAUUGUGAAGAAGGACGUCAAGCAGAUGGUCCAAGCAAUGUGGGCCGCCCAGAAAGCGCCAUACAGCGUACCCAAGGCUCGCCUGUAG